AUGAAAGUUGGAAGUGUGAGGUACAUGCGGGUGCAGGGGUGUGAGUGGCGGAUCAAGUCAGGAACAGCCAAAAACUGGCCCAGCGCCUUAGCCUUGAAUGGCUUAGCCCUCUGGUCACGAGCAAAUAGCUGGCGUAGCCCACGGCCGCGCCCUGCAUACAUAAUGUGUGCAAGGAGGAACAGCGGCGCCGUGGAGCCGACCAGCAAAAAGUUGGCGAGUGCAUUUGCUGAUCUCCUAAGAACUAAUAAAUAG